AUGACAAGGGGGGCAUCUUUCGGUGGAAUCCUUCUCUUCUCAUCGCACGCAGAAUUAUUCUGCAGAUGCCGGACGAAGGGCUGCCCUGGUCAGGUGACCCGCUUAGCUCAGCCGACGUCAUCCGCUUCCGAUCUUAUCGGCAUCGCAUCCGAAAGGGAGCCUUUUUCGCCAUCCCGCAUUCUUCCUGGCGUUCCAACUACCAUUUUCCUUCGGAUAUCCACCGUCUCCGCGGGGUUGAACUGGCUUUCUGCACAAUGUCUGGCUUCCUGGUUCGACCUCUUCCGGUGGUCCAAGGCGAUCGUGACUGCCGAUCGGUCCCUAACGUCCUGCAUCCACCCCGAAGCGCAUUUCGGAAUUGACCCGGAGACAUGGAAAGCUCCGCCUGGCCAGCCGAUUCUGCGUUCUGUUCAAAUCAUCCCCAAACACCGUAGAUUGUCUGUUGCGCUAUCAUCUUCGAUUGACACCAUGGCCUACAAUUCGGAUGCGGUCAAUGUCUAUUCUCCUGUUCGAGAGGCUAGUCGAAUCUUCUCCCUGCUUCUCGACCAAGGGGAGAGACUUGGGUUGCCUUCUGAGGUAACGCAGAAAAAAGACGACGUGUCGUUCUACUCGGCUCAUGACGAGAUCUAUUACCCGAUUCCCUUCAAGGAGACGGAGACGCUGGCUGCGUUGAAGGGCGUUGAGGGAUCGGUAGCGGCUGCAAUCGCAGAUCUGAGAUACGGAUCCGACUUGCAGCAAAGGAAAGUCAAGGUCAAUCUAGAACGAGCCACAGCAUUUGGUUGUCAGGCAUACUUGGCGAAAGUGGAUGGGCUGUCAAAGUUGGACCCGGAGGUUAAGAAGAAGCUGAAAGAUACUGACCUGCUCGCCGCUCAAUCGAACGGUUACCGCCGGAUGUCUGCGAACCUUUACAAAACUAAGAACGAGGGAGAGUUCUUCCAUAUCCAUGGCUCUCUGGAGGCCUCCACGACGUUGAAUAUGAUUGGACUAGAUGGACAUCGGCCAGACCUGACAGAUUACGAGGAUAUCAUCAAGGUUAUCGAAAGUCAUGUGCAGAAGUACAGCGCGGCGGAGUUGGAGGCAAUGAAUGCGGAGAGGAGACAGGCGGGUGUCACAGCUCUCAAACAUGAAGACUUUAUCAAAACUCCACAUGGUCAGCUCAAUGUGCAACAGCCUCCGUGGAAGGUAUCCCGCCUCAGUGGAGACCUGCCUCCGACGCCCUUCCCCUCCAGCCGCAGUGGAAGCAAGAAGAUUCUCGAAGGGGUCAAGGUCCUCGAACUCUGCCGUAUCAUUGCUGGGCCUACAGUCACGCGGAUUUUGACUGAAUACGGAGCCGACGUAUUGAAGAUCACCAGCCCAAGUCUCUCCGACGUGCCAUUCUUUCAGGUCGAUGGCAACAUGGGCAAGCAUGCCGCUGAUCUCGAUCUGAAGACCGAGGAAGGACGCCGCCAAUUCGAAGAAUUAUUAGCUGACGCAGACGUUCUUGUUGAUGGCUAUCGCCCUGGGGUCCUUGAAAAACUAGGAUAUGGCUCGAAUGCGCUCGCGUCACUGGGCGAGACGCGCGGAAAGGGAAUUGUAUAUGUCAAUGAGAACUGCUUUGGAUAUGAGGGAGAAUGGGCUGGUCGUCCUGGCUGGCAACAAAUCGCAGACUGCGUUACCGGCGUGGCAUGGGCACAGGGAAAAUUCAUGGGCCAUUCAACCCCAAUGGUGCCUCCAUUCCCCAUUUCUGACUAUGGCACCGGCUGUAUGGGCGCCAUCGCCGCCCUGACUGGCCUCUAUCUCCGAGCGAAGCACGGCGGCUCGUACCACGGCAAGUCCUCCCUAAUGCACUACGAUCUGCUGCUCUUUGCCGUGGGCAAAUACUCCGAAGAAAUUCAGGAGAAAAUGCGUGCGGCGCAACCCCCCGAGUUUUUCCAGUUGCGUCAUUGCGACAGCGUCGACCGCAUCUCCUCGACGGUCCUGAAGAUCAUGCAAACCCGGUUCCCUCACCUCUACCUGUCUGCCGAACAGGCUGGAGAUGCCGCAUUGACCGAGAAAUGGCAUUCUAAGGCGUACAACGCGGAUAUCGAAGUGGUUCGCUCGAUCUGCGAGAUUGACGGGGUCAACAACCAAUUCGCGCGGGCUAGUCGACCGAAUGGAACCGAUCGACCGAGCUGGGAGGACUUUGAGGCGGCAGAAGAGGAUUACAGGAAGGCAUGA